AUGGGAAAGAUCACCUUCUACGAGGACCGGGGCUUCCAGGGCCGCUGCUAUGAGUGCAGCAGCGACUGCCCCAACCUGCAGACCUACUUCAGCCGCUGCAACUCCAUCCGGGUGGACAGCGGCUGCUGGAUGCUGUACGAGCGCCCCAACUACCAGGGCCACCAGUACUUCCUGCGGCGCGGCGACUACCCCGACUACCAGCAGUGGAUGGGCUUCAGCGACUCCAUCCGCUCCUGCCGCGCAAUUCCUUACACCGGCUCUCACAGGAUAAGACUGUAUGAGAGAGACGAUUACCGAGGCCUUGUGUCCGAGCUCACUGAGGACUGCUCCUGCAUCCACGAUCGCUUCCGGCUCAAUGAGCUGUACUCCCUCCACGUGCUGGAGGGCUGCUGGGUCCUCUACGAGUUGCCCAACUACCGGGGGCGGCAGUACCUGUUGAGGCCAGGGGACUACAGGCGCUACCACGACUGGGGGGCCAUGGAUGCCAGAGUAGGCUCUCUGCGACGGGUCAUCGAUUUGUACUAA